AUGCUCAAGUCUCCUUUGUGGCUACUCAUUUUCUUCCUCACCUUGGUCUUGGCAGAUCAGAAAGCGAAGGCUCCUUUACCACCACCGACUAAACUUCUUGGAGGUACUAUCAGAGCCGCUCCAAACUGUGACAGAAAGAUUGGUGCCAAUGCACGUAUCACUGUUCACUAUAAAGCAAGCGUCUGGGGUGUAAAGGAACUCUUUGAAAACACAUACAAAAAAGAACCCAUUGUCUACAGACUCGGUCGCGAUAAGAUGCUCAAGGGACUUGAACAAGGCAUUGAGGGUAUGUGUGUUGGUGAGAUUCGCCGUCUGUUGAUCCCCGCUGAUCUUGCCUAUGGUGAACUUGGUGUACCUGGAGUUGUUCCUCCCAACAGCGCCCUUGUUUACGAAGUUGAGUUGAUCGAUAGUCUUCCUCCCUGGAAAAACCCUUGGUUCUGGAUCGGUAUUGCUGGUUUUGCUAGCGCAUACUACAUCGUUGACAAGAAAACAAAAGGCAAAGAUGAAAUAAAAGCCUCCAAGUUCUUGGAAUCCAAGCUUGCUGCUGGUAAGGAGGGAGUUGCCGUUGAUAAUGUUGCUGCUGCUACUGUCACAGAGGGAGAGAAAGAGGAUUCCGCUCCAGUUAAGGAAAAGUCGACAUAAAAAAAACAGAUUCCUUUCUUUUUAUUUAUUUUGUUUAUCUAUUCAUUUAUUUUCUUAUAUAACCCUUUAUACACUUUUGUAAUUUUUUGGUCUCGAUAUAUUGUUUUGUUUCCUAUUUAAUAAAUAGACCACUCUAAUUUUGCUCACUUACUUUAUCUUCCUCUUUUUUCAGCAUUAUAAAUGAAUUCAUGUAUUUCCAAUUUGUUCAGCUUUAUUGCUUCUAUUAAAAUUAAAUAUUUAACCUUUCUGUUUU